AUGAUGCUCAACUCAGAUACCAUGGAGCUGGACCUGCCUCCCACUCAUUCGGAGACCGAGUCGGGUUUCAGCGACUGUGGGGGCGGGGCGGGUCCUGAGAGUGCUGGGCCGGGGGGUCCUGGAGGGGGCCAGGCCCGGAGCUUAGAGCCGGGAGAGCCAGGUCGCAAAGACCUGCAGCACCUGAGCCGGGAGGAGCGCCGGCGCCGACGCCGUGCCACUGCCAAGUACCGCACGGCGCACGCCACGCGGGAGCGCAUCCGUGUGGAAGCCUUCAACUUGGCCUUCGCCGAGCUGCGCAAACUGCUGCCGACGCUGCCGCCUGACAAGAAGCUCUCCAAGAUCGAGAUCCUGCGCCUUGCCAUCUGCUACAUCUCCUACCUGAACCAUGUGCUGGACGUCUGA